UUUUCAUUCAGUUGGAAAAAUGCCUUCAACAAUAUUUCAAUUUGCUUCCAAAACUAAAAUUAUCCUGUUGAGAGUCUUCAAAACACAUUGAACAUUGCUAUUAAAAGGGCCGACUUGUUUUAGUUACUUUAUAACACUAUUGCUCUAAACUAACAAAAAAGAUUGAGAGUGGCAUUUCAAUUUGGAUGGUUGUUUCUAAUUUAUAAUGCGAUGGAUUCUACUGGGAUUGGUGUUGAUGGUCUGGGCGUCAUUAGUUUCAGCUGAAGAUUGCAACUUUUGCAAAGAAGGUGAAAGAAGUGUACAAAUCAAAGACUGCUACAACCAGAAUCCAACCAACGGGUGUGGAGCCAGUACGUGGAGUGACACUGCCCUGAAAAUACUGGACGCUCUAGUCAAUGAAGCCGCAGAAGAGUGCUGUAAUGAACAUGACAGAUGCUACGAGGUGUGUGGGAAAUCAUUCGAAGCUUGUGAAGACGAGUUCAGAGAGUGUCUGGAGCCUCUGGAACUGUACCACAUUCUGGCAUUCUUCACAGAAAUAGGCGGUUGUUCCAGCUACAAACGAACACAUGGAAAUGUAUGCCAAUGUGUGCCUGUGAACUCAACAGAUACCAUGGUGGAGGCGCCGUGUCCUUUUGAUUCUGAUGAUUCAAUGAAAUGAGCUAAAUGAAAUUACCAAGAGCUUUAUCGGAUCUCUUUGACAAGUACAACCCUGUUGCAGAAGGCUUUAAUAGGUUCAAAGGUUUUAUUAUAUAGUAGAUUGUUGUUGCGUAGCCAUUCGAUUACUAAUUUGUAUGGAUAAGGCUUCGUUUUUUGGACGACUUGUUGAGAGAUUCGCUUUAAUUAGAUGGAGUAGGAGCCAGAAGUAAAAAAAACCAGAUUUUUUGUUUGUGAUUUUCUGGCAAUUGCUUCUUAUUUAGAGUGAUAUACAACAUGGGUUAAGCAUCUGAUGUUCAAUAAUCCGGUUUUAUUCUAUGUAACUAGGAAACUAAAUAAAGGAAUGUGGUGCAACUCAAUAUGGAUUAUUAUGAUUUCAACUUAUUAACACUUCCUUGACUCUUUAAGGCUUCAUUGAUUGAUUUGUGUGGAAUUUGUUCUGUUCCAAUAGUCUGUUUGUGUCAUAAAUGUCAUUUAUUCAAAGUCAGUCAUUCCAGGUCUCUUUAUUUACCCCCUCCGUUUGAUAUAGAAAGGGGUUGCCUUCCCUAUAAUGAACUAAUCCAACGGUUAAAUAUGUAAUUUGAAUUUAUUGACGAAUUUCUCCCUUUUGAAAAAAGGAUGAUGGUUAAGGAGAUCCAUCAUGCCUAAGUCAUUAGCGUAGAAUUGAACUGAACAGGUAAAGAGGAGAAAACCGGAGACAAUUUUAAAAAUGAUGGCACGAGAAGAUAAAAAACCUGCAAAUAAAGAUCUAGUUUUGCCUUGAUUUUAUUAGAGAAGCAAAAAUAUGGAUAUCUUCACAUUUCACCAAUGCGUCUCAAAUUGCCGAAAUUUGUAUAGUUAUAGUUAAUGGUUAUAUUUGUUUUUAUCAUAGUCAAGAUGAAUUAAAUGAAAGAAAUCAAGAAAAUACUUUUUCUUAUGA